AUGCCAUUUUCACCUCGACGCCUCGAAGCCUUAUGCACCUUAUUGCCAUGGCUCCUUGUGCCAGCUAAAGCAGCUCUCACAUGGGAAGCAGCAACUCUGAAAGCCCAGGACUUCGUGUCCCACCUUUCGACCGACGAGAAGAUCGGAAUCGUAUCGGGUGCAUACAGACAACCGGGUCCGGCAUGUAUUGGACAAAUUGGAAGCAUUCCGCGACUCAACUUCACCGGCAUCUGCUACGCCGAUGGACCAGCUGGGUUUGCACGUUCGGACGGCGUGAGCGUCUUCCCAUCCGGUCUGGCUGCUGCGGCGACUUGGGAUACGGAGCUCAUGUAUGAACGUGCUGUCGCUAUUGGGGAGGAGUUCAGGGAUAAAGGGGCGCACGUACAUCUUGGGCCAACAACCGGUGCGAUAGGACGCCACGCGCAAGGCGGUCGUAAUUGGGAGGGAUUUGGACCUGAUCCUUAUCUCGCUGGACAAGCCAUGUACGCCAGUGUAAUGGGCGUCGAAUCRCAAGGCGUCCAAACCUGCUCAAAGCAUUUCAUCGGAAACGAGCAGGAAACGCAGCGUACCCGACAAGUAAAUCCAGAUGGAUCCACCAUCGAGGCGCUGUCGUCCAACAUCGAUGAUCGUACACUUCAUGAGCUUUAUCUGUGGCCAUUUGCGGAUGCUGUGAAAGCUGGCACGGCAAGCGUCAUGUGUGCCUACAGUCGCAUCAACGGCAAAUACGCCUGUAGCGAUGAAGGGACACUCUCCAUCCUCAAAGACGAAUUGGCAUUCCCGGGAUAUGUCGUAUCUGACUGGUUUGCGACACAUGGUACUGCUAGCUUUGCGAACGGAGGUCUGGAUCUUGAGAUGCCUGGAAACGUGAGCGCUCAGUAUGGAUCCUCCUAUUUCGGCACACCCCUUUUGCAAGCUGUGGAGAAUGGAUCUGUGCCCAUGACUCGGCUUGAUGAUAUGGCGACACGGGUCAUGAAGCCUUAUUUCAGGCUUGGCCAGGAUGUCGACUUCCCUCCAGUGGAUCCGGCAAACGCAGCGACCAUUGGGGUGAAUACAGCUGGUCACACGGGCAUUGAUUCGACGCCAGAAGCGAUUGAUGUUCGUGGAAAUCAUUCGAGCUUGAUCCGGAAACUCGGCGCAGCUGGCACCGUACUGCUGAAGAACACCGGAAAGUUUCUACCCCUGACGAAACCUAUCAACGUUGGUGUCUUUGGCAAUGGCGCUCCAUACCCAGUCUCGGGCUCAGUCUAUUUCAACGACAACUCAGACUCUCAGGGAUUGGAAGUCGGACUUUUGGAUAUUGGCGGUGGUUCUGGAUCGGUUCGGCACUCAACCCUCACCUCGCCCUUCGAGAGUGUGCGUGAUUAUGUCGAGGCAUACGGCGGCCGUGUACAGGCACUUCUGGACAAUGACAUGAUAGCUAAGGGCACCUUCCGCUCCAUAUAUCCCGUGCCAGACCAGUUGUAG